AUGGCUAAACGCAUUACAGACUUUUUUAGAGUAUCCUCAAAAAAACAAAAAUCAUCUAAUCCUGAAUAUUAUAUUUUACCUCAAAAUUUACCAGCUGAAACUUCAAAUUCUAAUACUUCUUUUACUAUAAAUCAAGUAGAACCAGUAGAAGGUAUAGUUGAUUGUCCUCCACUCCUCCAUCGAGUUCAUCAUCUUCAUUUUCUACAAUUGAGCCCAUCGAGGUACCACUUCAUGUUUCUAAUUCGAACAGCGUUAAUUCAGAAUAAUCAAGUGAUUAUAUUAUAA